GGAAACGACAGGAACGGCGGCGGAGCUGUGACCUAGCGGUCGAUCCCGUCAGCAAGAAGGAAACAUGAAAACUGGCUGUAGCAUUGGGGAAAAGCCCAAAGGAGGGGGAGGUUAUCACUUCCCAGACUGGGCGUACAAGGCGGAGUCAAGUCCCGGCUCCCGACAGAUCCAGCUGUGGCAUUUUAUUUUGGAACUGCUGCAGAAGGAGGAGUUUCGACAUGUUAUUGCCUGGCAGCAGGGGGAAUAUGGAGAGUUUGUGAUUAAAGACCCAGAUGAGGUGGCCAGGCUAUGGGGCCGGCGCAAAUGCAAACCUCAGAUGAACUACGACAAGCUGAGCCGAGCUCUGAGAUACUAUUACAACAAGCAGAUCCUGCAUAAAACAAAAGGAAAGCGUUUUACUUACAAAUUCAACUUCAACAAACUGGUUAUGCCCAAUUAUCCUUUCAUCAACAUCCGACCUAACGGUGCUGUCCCUCAGAGUGCUCCACCUGUUCCAACUGCAUCCUCCCAUUUUCACUUCCCUCCACUAGACUCCCCCAGCGAAGACGCCCACGGAAGCCGGUUCUCUGGGAACUCCACCGCGCAGUCCAGCCGCGAGUCUUUGAACGAGGUCACCGAUCGUAAGACAAAUGCAUCGGAACAAGAUGACCUUUCCUCCGAUUGGCGGCGUAGUGCAGACCUUCUGGCCCCGCGUAAUCCCAUGGGUUUAGGCCAUCGUGCUCUUCAGAAGCACAAAUCCGAUCUCAUGCUCCCUGUUUUUCCGAUGCCAGGAAUGUAUGCCGACCCCCACAGCCCAUUUGGCUUGUCUCCUCUUCCUGGCCGUGGUAGCCUCCUGAAUAUUCCCAUCUCACCUGCCUUAUCUCUCACUCCGACGGUCUUUUCCUAUAGUCCAUCACCAGGCCUGAGCCCAGCUUUCCAAAGUAGCAGCUGCUUUAACUUCAACCCUGAAGAGAUGAAACACUACCUGCAGGCCCAGGCUUGCUCCGUAUUAAACUACCACCUCAGUCCACGGACUUUCCCAAGAUACCCUGGUUUUAUGAUGCCCCCUCGUCAGCCUCAUUUUCCUCCAGAGGAGCAGUCCUCGUUCCCCAUCAAGUUGCAGCCUCCCCCAAUGGGACGUAAAAACAGAGAGCGUGACCAGAGCCAGGAUGAGACGCAAAUUACUCCACAACAAACUCCUGUUGUAACCACAAUGAAGGUGGAGCCUAUUUCUGCUAUGAAGGUGGAGCCUAUUUCUGACUAUGAACCAACAUCCGAUGAGGAUCUAGACUCUUCAGCAGAGAAAGAUUUCCACAGUGAUGAGGAAGAUGACUCCUUCUCUCCAAGAGAAGACCCUACUAGGCAAGGGCAUACGUUUAUCAAGCCGGCCACUCCAUCUUGGACCGCAGUUUCAUCUGCAUCUUCCAGGCCACCGUAUCCUAACGUGGCUACAGUAGAUCCUUCUGAAUCCAGCGACCGAGUAACGAAGGACUAUUCCGUUGAUGCAGCUUCAGUCGAAAAGAAAGAAGACUCUCUUCCCCCAAAGCUACGUCUGAAACGCCUGUGGAACGGCGAACGUCAGACAGAAGUUGCCGAGGACAGAGGAGAGUGCAGGAAAGUCAGCUGCAUUGUUAAUGGUCUCAGGUCUCCAGUCAUCCCCGCAGAAACCAAGGCAGUGGCUGCUGAUUCUUAGUAAUGGCAGUAAUUUUCUAUUUUAAUCCUGUUCGCGUAGCGCUGCUACAGAAUGGUCGACUUUUAUUGAUUUCCAAACUUUCCUAAUAGCUGAUCUAUAAUUCGUAUUUUUUCCCCCCUCUUUGAGCAUUCAGGGAGAACAAUACCUCUAACACACCGGAAAUGACUCAACCGUACAAACU